AAACAGCUGCUCCCCGGGAAACUUUCAUUCAGCCGGAUGGAUCAUGAACGCAGCGCACCUUUGGUUUCCGGACGCGCGCUCCUCUCACCGCUUCUCUCGCGCACGUGGCUGUAAAACCUCGUGUUUGUGAGUGGGACUGUCAUCCAAGCGGCUUCAUGGGGGCUGCGCACGAGCCGUGGACCCCUGCUCGGGCUGGAGGGGACGCUUCCACAGGUGUUUCCUCUGAACAGUGACCCCCCCAAACCUGAAAAUGCUGAACUGUGGAUAGGGAGUCGCCCCUGUCUCCCUGCGACCCCUCUCCUCAUCAUUUCCUCACCCUCCUCCCUUCCAUCUUCUGCUCUGUGUCUGAAUCCAUUCUCUCCCAUCGCCUCGUCCCCCCACCCCCCGAGACCCUCCCUCCACCUCCUCUUCCCCCCGCAGCACACAUGCAGGCCAAGAAGCGGUACCUGCUCGUGUCUGUGGUGGCCGGUCUCCUCUUCCUCAUCUACCUGUGGGCUCUGCAAAUCGGGGAGUUCCCCCAGCAGCACCAGUAUCCACACACUCCCUAUCAUUACCAGUCUCACCAGCAGAGACAGCAGGACGUGUAYCAGUCCCAACCUCUGCCCCAGAAAGUCCCAUCCAGACCGGCCCGACGCUGGCCAGAGUCCACGGAGCUGCUGGAGCCGUAUCUGGAGGGAGGAGAGCAGGAGGAGGACAGUCCUCAGCUCCACCACCAGCACACCUCUCCUCGGGAACGACGCGCCAUCUGCAACAACAUCUACAAGAACAAACGGUGCCGCAUGGAAACCUGCUUCGACUUUGCUCGCUGCCAGUCGGGCUUCAGGGUUUACAUCUACCCCCCACAGAGAGGGGACAGCAUCUCUGAGACCUACCAGAAGAUCCUGACCUCCAUAGAGGAGUCUCGCUUCCACACCACAGACCCUUCGCGGGCCUGCCUGUUCAUUCUGGCCGUGGACACGUUGGACAGGGACCAGCUCUCGGUUCAGUACAUCCAGAACGUCCGAACCCGCAUCCACAACCUGCCCACGUGGAACGAUGGCAGGAACCAUCUCAUAUUCAACCUGUACUCUGGAACCUGGCCUGACUACACGGAGGACCUGGGCUUCGAGGUGGGUCAGGCCAUGCUAGCCAAGGCCAGCGCAGACGUGGCCAACUUUCGACCCAACUUUGACAUUUCUAUCCCCCUGUUCUCCAAAGACCACCUGCUGAAACGAGGGGCGACGGGUUACCCGACGCUGAACGAUGCCCCGCCUUUCAGGAAGUACCAGCUGGUUUUUAAAGGGAAGCGCUACCUGACCGGGAUCGGCUCAGAGACCAGGAACGCUCUCUAUCACGUCCACAAUGGGGAUGAUGUCAUUCUGCUGACCACCUGCAAACACGGCAAAGACUGGGAGAAACACAAAGACUCACGCUGUGACCGAGACAACAGAGACUACUCACAGUUCGACUACCAGGAGCUGCUCCACAACUCCAGUUUCUGCCUGGUGCCACGGGGCCGUCGGCUGGGCUCGUUCCGCUUCCUGGAGGCGUUACAGGCCGCCUGUAUCCCAGUUAUUCUGAGUAACGGCUGGGAGCUUCCGUUCUCUGAGGUGAUCGACUGGAGGAAAGCUGCCAUCAUCGGAGAUGAGAGAUUGCUUCUACAG